GUGUUCCGUGAAUUGCUAGUGGUUGCCGCCAAAUUAUUACAUUUUUACAAGCGCUUGCCCUAAAUUAGUGUCUCGGCAGUGUUUAUUAUAAUUUCAUGUGUUGCGCAGGUUUUUUUAAACCUGACAAUUUUCCCUUUAUCAAUGCGUAAAGUAAACGAAAAUUGUUAAUUUGCGCAUUAAAAAAAUUUUAAUUAGCGGUCGUUUUUUCGUUUCACCAUUAUCAACUAAACGGAAUGCCAAAUAUUUGUUUCCUGUGUGCCAGUGACGAAGGAAUUUUCCUCGACAUAUCGGAGGACAAAACCUUUUUCAACAAAAUUGAAACAUGUCUAUCAUUAAAGGCUUCUAAAGACGAUGCUCUUUCGACCAAGAUUUGCCACAAAUGCGCAUACGAAGUUGAUAAAUGUUACGACUUUGUACAUAAAUAUAAAGAUUCACGUAAAGAGUUAGAGAAGAGUUUGAAGAAGAGAAAGUCGAAUUGCUUCUUUUGUCAGGAACCGGCCAGGAAGGGCUACUUUUUUAAUUUGAAAAAAACCAAUCAACUCAACGACGCUUUUGACAAAAUUUACUAUCUCUUUGAUGAGUUGACUGAUGAAACAGACAUUUUUAUCUGUUUAGUUUGCCGUUAUUCGAUUGAUCUACUUUUUGAUCUUCAAACCGUCUCCGAGGAAGUUUCCGAGAAACUGCACAAAAUUAUCGACGAAGGGAUUAAAGUCGAUAAAUUAUCAAAGACAAAGACAACGAUUGUGCGUCGCAAAACGACACGCGUGAGGAGUCCGAGGAUUGGAUUGCAGACAUCGGACACGGAGAGUGACACAGGCAUAAUGGCGCGUAAUUCCAGAAAGACGGCGAACAAGGUCGAGAAGAAGAUGAGGAAUCGUUUUUGCGACGAGUGUCAGUCGGAAACUGAAAAAGGUGUCGAUAUGUUUCGCAUUCAUCGUACAGGACGAACAGUGUGCAAGACAUGUUGGAUAACAAUGGACCCGGAGAAAAUAACUGAACGCAAUAAACGUAAGAGAAAUUCCAGUGAUGCGGACAUUGUAUCGUGUAAAGUGUUUCUCAAAGACGUUCUACGAAAUUCCAGUAAACGCGAAGUAAAACCCUACCGAAUGGUUAAACGUAGCAAUGACGACGAUAAAACCAGUCAAAUCAGUUACAAAAAUACCGACGGCAACUCCUCCUCCGGCAAUGAGAGUCGAACAAGUACAAAAACAAAGGCACAAUUAAAGGAAAUCCCAGAUACUCGCCUACCAUCGAAACGAAUUCGCAAUCCCUCGAAACGUGCAAGUACUAUCAACAUAUCCAGUGACGAUGAGGAGAAACCAAAAGCAAAACGCUCCACAGCAACGAAAAAGGAGACGAAAACAAAAAAAGAGGACGAAAAAGUGACCGAAAAACCGAAAGUCGAACGACAAGCGAGAAUUCGAAAGAAAUCGGAAACAGUUGAAGUUUCCACCGGAAAGAAAAGUAAAAAUCUUCAAGUAACCACAAAGUCAAAGAGAGAUCGAAGCAGUUCUGUCGAAUCAGUAGCGAGCAGCGUCCGAUCGCGAUCUACACGUUCCGUUGACGUCGAACUACCGAAGAGAAAUUCCCGCAAACGAAACGAUUCCACCACAUCCGUGAGUUCAACCGCAAGCACACAGAGACGAGCCCAAACUACGCCAGUCCGUGAAUUCAAAAGUCCCCAAAAAGUCACGAAACCCCCGACAAAGAAAUCAAAAGUCGUCAAUAGUAAAGAAAAAUCCGAAGACGAAAAAUUUUCCUGCGCCGCUUGUAACACUGAAUUCGAAACUCGUGACAUUUAUUCAACACAUCAGAAAACUCACCUCAAAGAUUUCGACAUUAAAUUACAACGUUGCGCCGAGAAAGUUAUUCCAUCCUCCGAAUCCGACGAAAAAUCCGACGAUUUUGUCCUACAAGUGAAAAAUAGCUCCGACUCGGAUCUGAAACAAACGACGGUUAAAAAAUCCAAAACAACCGCCAAGAAGCGGGGAAAAUCCAAAAAAUUCAGUAAAACAUCCGAAGAAAGUAACGAAAAGGAAGAAAGUGAAGUCGGAAAUUCACAAGAAAUUUCUUCUCAACAAGCGGAAAAUGAAGAUAAAAAUUCGGAAAAGGGACAAGAGUUUGUAACAGAAAAUGUGGAUGAUAAAGAAGAAGUGCCGGAAAGUUUAGACGCUGAAAGUGCGGAAAAGAGGAAGGAAUCCGAAGUUGAAAAGGAGGACGAAACGGGAAAUAUCGACGAUCAGGAGAAAGAAGACGCGACAGCGGAAGUCGAAACCAAUGAGGAAACGAUUGAAGAGAAGAAUUCGCCAAAAUCACGAAAUCGAAAAUCAUCAGCGAAAGUGCAAUCUAAAAAAUCCAAGGACAAUGAGGAAUUGUCUGCUGAUAAUUCUGAUGUAAAUAAAACACCGCCCAGAAGUCGUUCGCCUAGGAAAAAUAAAUCACCUGCUAAAUCGUCGCCAGUUAAGGAGUCCAGUAAAUCGCCAGAAAAAUCAUUGGAAAAAUCACCAGAAAAAUCGGCUGAGGAAUCAAAUGAUAAUUCGGCUGAGAAGUCGAACGAAAAAUCGGCUGAUGAAUUAAAUGAAGAAUCGGCUGAGAAAUCGAAUGAAAAAUCGGCUGAUGAGUCUAAUGAAUCAAAUGAAAAAUCACCGAAAAGGUCAAAUAAGAAAUCACCCAAGAAGUCACCUAAUAAAUCGCCUAAAAAAUCACCUUUAAAAUCCGAAUCUUCUGCUGUCGACGACCAACUGAUUGACAAUGGGGACAAAUUAUCGAGAACGGAAGAAGAAUCAGUGGGAAAAGAAUUAUCGAAUUCGGAAGAUUUGGAGAAUAGAACAGAAGAGUCUACGGAGAAUAGAAAUAAAAGUCUGGAGAAUACGAAAGAUUCUGUUGAAAUUAAUCUAGAGAAUACGGAAUCAAGUUUAGAAAAUAAGGAACAAAAUUUAGAAAAUACUGAAGAAUCUUCGGAGAAUAUGGAAAGAUUGAGAAGCGAUAUUUUAGAGAAUACCGAAGAAUCUUUGGAGAUGAGAAAAUCUUUAAACAAUACCGAAAACUCUGAGGAAAAUACCGAAGAGUCCCAAGAGAUUAGAGAUUUAAACAGAACCGAGGAAUCUUUAGAGAAAAUCGAAGAAUCUUUAGAUAAUAGAAAAGAAACCGAAGAAUCAACUGAAAACAGAGGCGAAAAGGAUUCUUUAGAAAAUACCGAAGAAUCUUUAGAGAGUACAAAAGAAUUACCCCUUGAGAGUACAAAAGGAUUAUCCCUGGAGAGUACAAAAGAAUUAUUAUUCGAGAACCCAAAAGAAUUAUCGGCCGAUAAUUCCAAAGAAUCUGAAUCAUCACUGAAAUUAGCAGUCGAAGAUGUGGAUAAUCCAAAAAGCGAUGAAUUGACAGAGUCGAAAAAUGAAACAAAGGACUCGAAAUCGAUGCAAAAAUCGCCGAGACGGAAACUACGACGUGAUAGUGGAAAAAAAGGGGAACAAGAGGAAGAAGAAGAAAAUAUUGAGGAUCUAUUGCAAGGGGAAAAUUUACAAGUGAUUGACGAAAUUGGAGAAUCGAGUUCGUUGGAAAAAAUCGAUGAGGAAAAAGUGACGAACGAAGAAAAACUCGACGAGGAAAGUCAGGACGAUUUUACAGUCGCCUAUACCGGAAGUUCACAAGAAAGUCUAGAAAUUCCCUCCUUGAAUUCCGAGGACUUGGAACAAUCAACAUUACCAACUAUGAAAAUCGACGACGAUGAUGAGACAAGUGAAAAAAAAUUACCAACGCCAACACGUGACGAAAAUAAAAAUUCCGAAAUCGACGAUAUCACCGCAACUCAAGUAUUUUCGGAAAUAAAUCCAAUUAUUAAUCCCGACGAGGAACAAUCGUCAUCAUUGCCGCAGGAAAUCGAGGACGUUGUACAAAAUGGUCUCGAGGAAAUUCGUGAAAAUAAAGAAAAUAAAGCCGAGGACACUGUCAGUGAAGUAUUACAAGAAUGCUUCGAUAUUGCGACAAAAGAAAAGGAGCAGGAGAAAAAUCUGUUUCUCCCAUCGCAAGCAAAUCUCGAGGACAUAUCGAGUGAUGCAUUAAAUGGCGGCGAUAUGCCAUCAUUGGAAACAGACGAAUCCGAAGUCAGUAAUUUGUGAAUUUUCAAGAAAAUGUAAAUUUUCUUACAUGUUUUUUUUUCGAUUUUUCCUCCGGACAAUUUUGUGUAAAUUUUUCAGACUCUCUAUAAAAAGUUCGCGAAGUUCCCAUUCGUGUUUUUUUUAUAACACAAAAAAAAGGUACGAGAGAUUUCUAUAUAAAUAUAAAUAUAAAUAAAUAUAUAUAAAAAGUAUAUAUAAUGUAAACUUAAAAAUAAUGCAAAGAAGUUAAUAGAAGCGUCAUUAGUUACAGUAAAUUACAAAUUAUAAAUGUUUUUAUAUUCGUUAAUUUAAAAAUAUAUGAUACACUAUAAUACACAAGUA